GCCUCUUUUUUGCCUUUGCCUUUCAACGCAGGAAAAAUUCAGGCACUAAGCAAAAAAAAAACAAAAAAUUGAAUUUGUGGCAGCCUGUGCGUGGAAAAAAAUUGGGUAAUUGUAAUUUUGAAGUUUCUUUAAGGCAUUGGGCAAUUCCACGAGCCCCAUAGUCCAACUGGAUCGAAUACCGCUAUUGCAAUUGUUCGCGUCUUGCAGAAACAAAAAAAAAAUAAAUAAAUUGUGAGGAAAUAAAAUCUAACAAACGUCAACAAAAAGUGACAAAAAAAAAAAGAGAAAAAAGGAAAACAUUUAAUGAAACAAAUGAUCUAGAGUUUACCUUCUCUCUCACUCGCACUCGCAUUGUCCGACAUGAGCUUUCUGCCGGAUGAGCCCCUUCCGCCCGGGUUCGAAAUGGAGGACAUUUCUCGCCCAGCGAUAAUUGAAAGUAAAAUUGAUUCCUACAAGGAUGGCCCUCUGAUCGGUAUCGAAUAUGUUGUGGAAUUGCAUGACGCAGAUCAAUCCCGUCCAGAUUACUUUUGUGUCCUUUGCAAUACAUGCAACGACAGUUCCUCCAUCUUUAACCAUUGGACCUCGUUCGCCCAUCGCAACAAAUACUUACAAAAGCAUUUCAAAAAGGCCUACGAUCUGCUCCAUGUUCUGAAGCGAGGCAGCGCCAACAGUGGGCAGCUAAUCGUUGGUUUGGAAAAUCUAACACAAUUGAUUGAAGCGCAUUUUGGCCGACGGCUGAACAUAUUGGUUGCCCCCAAUGAAGAUUUUCGUCGUUUUCGUGCAAAGAUUUGUGCCGAAGUGAGAGAGAAAUAUCAUCCGGAUGAAUCCAAUGGACCAGAUUUUACGAAGGAGGCACGAAAAGUUGUGCAAGAUUUGAAAUCCGAAGAUACACCAAAGCCUGAACGGGAGCGGGAAACUGGUGAUGUGAUAGCACUCGAUGCCAUUUCAAGUGAUGAUGAGAGCAGCUUUGGUCCAACCGGUCCAUCUGGCGAAGAAGCAGGUGCCGUCAAUAAAACGCUGACCAAAAAUUCACGCAAGCCGGUCUAUCGGGCUCUUAAUCGUUCCCCACCGAAUCCGAUUCAAAAAUCAGUGCCCACUCCAAAGGAGCUGUCCAUGCAGGCAUCACACAUAGCUCAGGAGCGUUACAAGUGGGAGAAGUUCCGUUGCAUGCUCGAAUUGCAACUAAAGCAGCUAUGUGAAGAGACCGAAACGUAUGAGUUCAAUCCAGAGAAGCAUCCAGACUAUCCAGAUGAAUGGAAACAGUUCUGGAAUCGUCGCUACAAACAGUUGCAGGAAGAAAAGAAAUGCGAUCCGAAUCGUUAUGAUUACAAGUCAGAGUGGAUUCCAUACUGGAAGGAUCGUCGCAUUGAGCUAUUUAAUAUUGCGGUGAAUAAAAUCAAAAAGGAUCUUAAAGAUAGAUUUAAGCUAGGCGACGAGGACGAGGAAAAAACCACGGAGUUAAUGGAACGCUAUAAGAUACGCGUCUCUAGUCCCCUUGUUAUGUCAUCAAGUGGAUCUAGUGGUGGCCCUGGAUCCGCUGGCAUUGGCAUUCGUCGCAAACCCAAUUUUCGUAGUAAUCGUCCGCAAUUAUCGGACACGGUCAUCGAUAUUAGCGACGAUGAGCAACCGCCGUCAAUCCCUAUACAAGGACGCCGUCAAAAUCGUUCAAAUUACGCCAGAUCACGUACCAAGUCUCUGUCGCCAAAACGUGGCGGCCCACCUGGACGUCCUCGUGGUCGCAGAUCCCGUAGUCGUUCACCAUUGCCGCCAAGCCGACGUGAAUAUCGGGAUCGCCGAUCCCCAUCAUUGUCACCUCGUCGUUCCUCACGUUCCCCUGUAUAUGCGCGUCAUCGUGGAGAUCGUGUGGAUCGUGGCCCAGGGCGUCAUUCUCGUGAGCGUCGCGACGACUAUCCUGAGCGAGAUCGUCGAAGCGAUGAGCGUGAUUUUUAUCGUUCAUCGCGAAGCUACGAUCAACGGGAAACAUUUCGUGUGCUGGACUCUCGCUUAUAUCCUGAAUACAGCCAGUCACAGGGAAAAUCUGCUUCCCCGGGAGCCCCGGGAGGCAAGGACGGUGCCGCCAAGCCAGAGGGAGCUAGCAACAAGGAUCCAGCUGGCAAAGGUAAAGCCACAUCAACUGAACCCGAGCCCCCGUUGGUCGAAGAAGGUCCACUUACGGUUGUCAGUGUCUUGCGCAUGCUAGCGGCUGUUGAGGAACAUCUUGGCAGCCUAGGACCCAAGGCUCUCAAUUUACUGAGCAAAGCUCUUGCCAUGGAAAUAGUUCAACCAAAUGCUGCCGAUGACUUGUUACUAAACGAGGAUAACUGUGUUUUUCUUGAGACCACCAAGGAGAAACUGAAGGGUAUACUUAUCGCUGAAGUCCUUGAUGAUCCGCAAAAAGUUCGCGUUGUGAAAAAAUUGAUCACCAACAUAGCUGCCAUCGUUUUUCAGGUCACCUCGCGAGGUUCCGCCACUGGGUCAGCCGAGGCGACCCGUGUUGCCGAGCAGGACACUCAGAAGAUUAAGAAGACUACACGGGAUUAUCAAUUGCCUUUCGAUAGAAAUAUUGUGUCCACCAAAGUGGCCAGUGCCUUGGUCCUGAAGGGUUAUACGACUGUCACUACCGAGGAUAUGACAAAAUUGUUGCAUUUCUUGACACUCUUGGUGAAAUUGGACAAAACGGACAUUGAGCAGCAUCAGGGUAAUGGUCUAACCUUCCAGGAUGUCAAAAUUAAAUUAGGCUUAGAGCCGGCAACGAUAGCAACAAUAAAGCAGCCAAUGGUGGUUGGUGCUUCUGUCAGUGGCAUUAGCAACGUCAUCAGCAGCAGCAGCAGCAGCAGCAGCAACAACAAGAACACACACAACGCCGCAGCUCCCAAGAAGCCAUCGAGUGGCGAUAAAUCUUUUAUGGGCAUUGAUCUGGAUGAGCUAAUGAAGGAGGUGGAACAUCAAUUGAAUCGCGAAUCAGUUGAUAUAAUACCCACUAAGAAUGAUCAAGGAUCCAGCAAGAAUCCAGUGACUGCAGCUGCUGCUACCUCAAGUGGCGGCAGCAAUGGCAUGGAAUUGCUUACCGAUUCCGAUUUACAGACACUAUUGCAGAAUUUCAAAUUCCUAUCCACCGAUGAGCAGGUGCAUUUAAUUAGCCAUUUGCGUAAUCUCGAAGUGCAGGAACCGGUGCGUGUGCGCCGUCUGCGUAAAUAUGUGAAUCUUGGUGAUAUAGGCGGUGAUAAUGAACCGUGUAGUGAUAUACUAUCACGUAUGGUAACCCACGAAGAUAACUCCAGCACCAAUAACAAUCCAAAGGCGAAAGCAGCACCACCAUCGCGUGGCAGCAACAACAUGGCUACUUUGUCAACGUUGAUGGGGGGCAGACGCCACCGAAGCUCCGGCGAUCUGGAGUUACCACCCACAUUGAUGGCCAAGCAAGUGCGACGUGAUGUGGCUGGAACACGCAGUUCACCCAAUUUUGCGCUCGACGAUGAAGAGGACGAUGAUUACAAUUUUGAUGAUUUGGUUAUGAAGGCAGCUGGCGAUUCAAAUGGCGAUAAGAGCAACAUCAAUAGUAAGAAGAAUUCUGUACCAAAAAUUGUGCCAGUUGAAUCAUCACCGAAUGCAUUAACCUUCAAGCCGGCAGCUGUGUCGUCAUCAUCCUCAGUGCCGUCAUCGAAGAUUUUGCUGAAAGAAACGGAAAGUAUUAUUGCUAAUCUAAUGGAUACAUUAAGCAAUAAUAGCAGUCAAUCCUUGAAGAAUCAGCAGCAGCAUAAUAAUGAUCGUGGAACGGGUUCAAAUUAUGGACAGCCACGUUCUCAGCAGCAACAACAACAACAACAACAACAAGUGCGUGUGCAGCAGCCGCUGCAACGUUCUCAGCAAUCGCCGUCAAAUCCUUCUUCAUUUGGGGCGGGAGGCGGAGCAGCCCCAAGACUGACCAACACAGCACCAAAUAAUAAUAACAACAAUCCAAACUCGGCUGGUCGCAAUUAUCCGCAAAAUGUAAAUGCCAGCACUGGGCCACUUCCGCAGGGACCACCAUAUCCAGGACCCUAUGGUGGUGGUGGUGGUGGAUAUGAUAACAAUGCCUAUGGUGGUAAUCCAAAUAUGGGUCAACAGAAUUAUCCACCUGGACCCUAUGGCGGCGGUGGCAAUCAAAUGAAUCAUCCCUGGGGCAACAAUGGACCUCCCCAACCGCCGCCAUACAACAUGCCGCAGAAUUAUAUGCCACAACAGCAGCAACCGCAGCAGCCGCAUUUUAACAACAUGUUCCAUCCUCCGCGUCAUUAAAGCAGCUGAUUCGAAAGAGAGGGAGAUAGAGACAUAAACACACACACACACUCAUAAACACAAGGGGAGAAAAAGGGAGAAAGGGAUAUUUUUAUCUCUCUCAAAUUCACUUUGAAUAUUUUUUUUUCAGUUUUUUAGUUUCCUUCUCCUCAUUUGGAACAGGAACUUAAUCUCAAAAAAAUAAAGAAAAUGAAAUAUACAAAAA